AUGGCUGUAAAAUGGACUCUUCAAACAUUGAUUGCUGCUCAUUCACAUUGUCAAAAAAAUAAAGUUGAAAUACUUCAGAGUACAUUGUGUGGUUGUAUUCAAUGUUUGGCACAAUUUGAACGGAGUGAAAUUUUUGAUUGGGAUGAUGAUCAAGAAACGGCAAUGUGUCCACUAUGUGAUGGAUCGAGUUCAGUUAUAGGAAAUGCCUCUAAAUAUCCUAUAGAAAAUAUUGAAUUUUUACAAAUGAUGAAAGAUAAAUGGGUUUAA